CCGGCGCCGGCGCCUCCGCCCCCCGCCCCCCACCCGCUCGGGCAGGAUGGUACAGUCUGCAGAGGGGCCCGGGCACGCUGGCUGGGCUCAGCCGCGGCACCAGCUGCCGCACCGCGAUUACGGGGCUGCCCGCCGGGAAACCGUGCAGGAUUGGUGGUGAUUUUCAUAACCAAGAGCCACCACCUCUGACCAUGUAGAUGCCAGCUCCAGGGAGCAGCAUGGGCCCCACUGAAUGGAGACUCCUGGGUCUACAGCCCUGAGCCCCUACGGCCCCUGGACCUCGUCCCACACCCAGGGACAUCCCUUGGAGCUCACCACUGCUGUCACCAGCUGGCCUCAGCCACCCCCACCCCUGAGGACCCGGAGUCGGCCACCUGGUGCCACAACUGACCAGUGAGGGUGUGCUGAGGACAACCACAAGCAGCCAUCACCCAGCAGCCUUUUGUCCAGCACUGACCCUCGGGCCCACCCCGAGCAGGGACUGCAGCAACAUGGGUGACAUGACCAACAGCGACUUUUACUCCAAAAACCAAAGAAAUGAGUCGAGCCAUGGGGGCGAGUUCGGGUGCACAAUGGAGGAGCUCCGCUCACUCAUGGAGCUGCGGGGCACUGAGGCUGUGGUCAAGAUCAAGGAGACUUAUGGGGACACCGAAGCCAUCUGCCGGCGCCUCAAAACCUCACCUGUUGAAGGUUUGCCAGGCACCGCUCCAGACCUGGAAAAGAGAAAGCAAAUUUUUGGGCAAAACUUUAUACCUCCAAAGAAGCCAAAAACCUUCCUGCAGCUCGUGUGGGAGGCGCUGCAGGAUGUGACGCUCAUCAUCCUGGAGAUCGCCGCCAUCAUCUCCCUGGGGCUGUCCUUCUACCACCCACCUGGCGAGGGCAACGAAGGAUGCGCAACAGCCCAGGGUGGGGCAGAGGAUGAAGGAGAGGCAGAGGCGGGCUGGAUCGAGGGGGCCGCCAUUCUCCUCUCAGUCAUCUGUGUGGUCCUGGUCACGGCCUUCAAUGACUGGAGCAAAGAGAAACAGUUCCGGGGCCUGCAGAGCCGCAUCGAGCAGGAACAGAAGUUCACCGUGGUCCGGGCUGGCCAGGUGGUCCAGAUCCCUGUGGCUGAGAUCGUGGUUGGGGACAUAGCCCAGGUCAAAUAUGGUGACCUCCUCCCUGCCGACGGCCUCUUCAUCCAGGGCAAUGACCUCAAGAUUGAUGAGAGCUCCCUGACCGGAGAGUCUGACCAGGUGCGCAAGUCUGUGGACAAGGACCCCAUGCUGCUGUCAGGGACCCAUGUGAUGGAGGGCUCAGGAAGGAUGUUGGUGACUGCUGUGGGUGUGAACUCUCAGACUGGCAUCAUCUUUACACUGCUGGGGGCUGGUGGUGAAGAGGAAGAGAAGAAAGACAAGAAAGGUGUGAAGAAGGGGGAUGGCCUUCAGCUAUCAGCAGCAGACGGUGCGGCAGCUUCAAAUGCUGCAGAUAGUGCGAAUGCCAGCCUAGUCAAUGGUAAAAUGCAGGAUGGCAAUGUGGACGCCAGCCAGAGCAAAGCCAAACAGCAGGACGGGGCAGCCGCCAUGGAGAUGCAGCCCCUCAAGAGUGCCGAGGGCGGCGACGCCGACGACAGGAAGAAGGCCAGCAUGCACAAGAAGGAGAAGUCCGUGCUGCAGGGCAAGCUCACCAAGCUGGCUGUGCAAAUCGGGAAGGCAGGCUUGGUGAUGUCGGCCAUCACAGUGAUCAUCCUGGUGCUCUACUUCACUGUGGACACCUUCGUGGUCAACAAGAAGCCAUGGCUGCCUGAGUGCACACCCGUCUACGUGCAGUACUUUGUCAAGUUCUUCAUCAUUGGCGUGACAGUGCUGGUGGUCGCCGUGCCCGAGGGGCUCCCUCUGGCCGUCACCAUCUCGCUGGCCUAUUCAGUGAAGAAAAUGAUGAAGGACAACAACCUGGUACGCCACCUGGACGCCUGUGAGACCAUGGGCAAUGCCACAGCCAUCUGCUCAGACAAGACAGGCACGCUGACCACCAAUCGCAUGACAGUGGUACAAGCCUAUGUCGGCGACGUCCACUAUAAGGAGAUCCCCGACCCCAGCUCCAUCAACACCAAGACCAUGGAACUGCUGGUCAAUGCCAUCGCCAUCAACAGCGCCUACACCACCAAGAUUCUGCCCCCAGAGAAGGAGGGCGCCCUGCCUCGGCAGGUGGGCAACAAGACGGAAUGUGGCCUGCUGGGCUUUGUGCUGGACCUGAAGCAGGACUACGAGCCUGUGCGCAGCCAGAUGCCAGAGGAGAAGCUGUACAAAGUAUACACCUUCAACUCCGUGCGCAAGUCCAUGAGCACCGUCAUCAAGCUGCCCGACGAGAGCUUCCGCAUGUACAGCAAGGGGGCUUCUGAGAUCGUGCUCAAGAAGUGCUGCAAAAUCCUCAACGGGGCGGGAGAGCCCCGUGUCUUCCGGCCCCGCGACCGGGAUGAGAUGGUAAAGAAGGUGAUUGAGCCCAUGGCUUGCGACGGGCUCCGCACUAUCUGCGUGGCCUACCGCGACUUCCCCAGCAGCCCUGAGCCGGACUGGGACAACGAGAAUGACAUCCUCAACGACCUCACCUGCAUCUGCGUGGUGGGCAUCGAGGACCCCGUGCGACCAGAGGUCCCAGAAGCCAUCCGCAAGUGCCAGCGGGCAGGCAUCACAGUCCGCAUGGUCACUGGCGACAAUAUCAACACGGCUCGGGCCAUCGCCAUCAAGUGUGGCAUCAUCCACCCUGGGGAGGACUUUCUGUGCCUCGAGGGCAAGGAGUUCAACAGGAGGAUCCGCAACGAGAAGGGGGAGAUUGAGCAGGAGCGAAUUGACAAGAUCUGGCCAAAGCUGCGGGUGCUGGCUCGCUCCUCCCCCACGGACAAGCAUACCCUGGUUAAAGGCAUCAUUGACAGCACACACACCGAGCAGCGGCAGGUGGUGGCCGUGACAGGGGACGGGACCAACGAUGGGCCUGCACUCAAGAAGGCCGACGUGGGCUUCGCCAUGGGCAUCGCAGGCACUGACGUGGCCAAGGAGGCCUCAGACAUCAUCCUUACCGAUGACAAUUUCAGCAGCAUCGUCAAGGCAGUGAUGUGGGGCCGCAACGUCUACGACAGCAUCUCCAAGUUCUUGCAGUUCCAGCUCACAGUCAACGUGGUGGCCGUGAUUGUGGCCUUCACAGGUGCCUGCAUCACGCAGGACUCCCCUCUGAAGGCCGUGCAGAUGCUCUGGGUGAACCUCAUCAUGGACACGUUUGCCUCACUGGCACUGGCCACUGAGCCGCCCACGGAGACCCUGCUGCUGAGGAAGCCGUACGGCCGUAACAAGCCGCUCAUCUCCAGGACCAUGAUGAAGAACAUCCUGGGUCACGCUGUCUACCAGCUCGCCCUCAUCUUCACGCUGCUCUUUGUUGGCGAGAAGAUGUUCCAGAUUGACAGCGGGAGGAAUGCACCCCUGCACUCGCCGCCCUCAGAACACUACACCAUCAUCUUCAACACCUUCGUCAUGAUGCAGCUCUUCAACGAGAUCAACGCCCGCAAGAUCCACGGCGAGCGCAAUGUCUUUGACGGCAUCUUCCGGAACCCCAUCUUCUGCACCAUCGUGCUGGGCACCUUUGCCAUCCAGAUAGUGAUCGUGCAGUUUGGAGGGAAGCCAUUCAGCUGCUCUCCACUACAGCUGGAUCAGUGGAUGUGGUGCAUAUUCAUUGGGUUAGGAGAGCUUGUUUGGGGUCAGGUCAUCGCCACCAUCCCGACCAGCAGGCUCAAGUUCCUCAAGGAGGCAGGCAGGCUCACGCAGAAGGAGGAGAUCCCAGAGGAGGAGCUCAACGAGGACGUGGAGGAGAUCGACCACGCGGAGCGGGAGCUGCGGCGGGGCCAGAUCCUGUGGUUCCGAGGCCUGAAUCGGAUCCAGACGCAGAUUGAAGUAGUCAAUACUUUCAAGAGCGGGGCCUCCUUUCAGGGGGCCCUGAGGAGACAGUCCUCGGUCACCAGCCAGAGCCAGGAUGUAGCCAAUCUCUCUAGCCCUAGUCGCGUGUCGUUGUCCAAUGCUCUUUCCUCUCCGACCAGCCUUCCUCCUGCUGCAGCCGGGCAGGGCUAGAGAACCCUGGACACAGAGUUCAGCAAGAGAGAGUGAAAUUAAAAGAGAUCCGCGUCGUGAAGGCGUUCCGUAGCUCUCUCUAUGAAGGAUUAGAAAAGCCUGAGUCUCGAACCUCCAUCCAUAACUUCAUGGCUCAUCCUGAAUUCCGGAUCGAAGAUUCCCAGCCCCACAUCCCCCUCAUUGACGACACCGACCUGGAAGAAGAUGCCGCGCUCAAGCAGAACUCGAGCCCGCCAUCAUCGCUCAACAAGAACAACAGCGCCAUCGACAGUGGGAUCAACCUGACGACCGACACAAGCAAAUCAGCUACCUCUUCAAGUCCAGGGAGCCCCAUCCACAGCCUGGAGACGUCGCUUUAGCUGAGGACCCUGUCACCUGCCCGCCCGCCCUCACGGACCCCGCUGCCACCCGCCUCCCAGGCACCCAUCCAUCCAGGCACCCAACUCACCCAAGCAGCAACGAGCAACAACCGGAAACCAAAUACUGGAGAGAAAACCAACGUUUCCACCAACAGACCCUUUCUCUGGCUGCGAUGCUGUUUGAACUCUUUUUCACUUCGAGGCAAGGGGUGGGAUCUCCACUGGGGGCUUACGGGAGUGAACGGUUUUCCCAAAACAAGCCCCUCCUGGCUCCCACCCAAACAUGGACCAGCCAUGCACCCGCCCAGCCACCACGUCCCCCGCAUGAAUGUACUGUACACUUUCAGUCCUCCCCUUGUUUGGUUUUGGGGGGUUGGGGAGGGGUUUUUUUGUUUGUUUUCUUAGGCGGGAACUGCAAACAGACUCUUUUCUGAGACUAUUUAUCCAAUCCACUGGUCUGUGAGUUUUUGAAAUGCUUGCGCAGCAUGGUCUCAGUUGUAUAGAUUAAUUUAAUAACUUUUUGAAAUUGCAGAGCUUAACUCGCCUAGUAGAUUUGCACCAAUGGAACCGAAGAACUUCAUAGACACUCACAAGGUUAUAUCCAUUUCUUUGUAUCUAUAUCAACGUAUACUUCUCCAAGACUGUAUACGUCCAUAUAGAUAGGUAGAUAUAUAUAUAUAUAAAUAUAUAUAAAUAUAUAUACAUGGAUAUAUAAAGUUUCUUUGCCGGCAUGUUGCCUUGUUUCUGCUUAAAUUGCUCUAUUUUAACUUAUUUAUGUCCUAAAAGAAGAAUGUAAUUUGUUUACAAACCUGUAGAUAAUGUCUUUGGCUAUUUGUACGGUUUAAGAACACUGGUGGCUGAGAUGCUAUAAAAACAGCUCGGCCCGACAGACACUUCCCCUGGGUUGCAUCCUUGAUGUUUUAUGAUAGCCAUGCUCUGAUUUUUGCCUGCUGUUUCCGUUCAAUACUGUCACUACCGUGAGAGGCUCAGGCAGAAGCCAAAUGCCACCGAGUUGCCAUCCUGAAGGGUUUAACAACAUGCUCCGUAGACAAAGGGAGAGGAGGAGAGAAGGCUUCCUGGGUUUGCAACACUAACGGCCAUCUGGCCCAAGGAUGCCAGGAUCUGCAAAGCACUGCUCGAAGACUUUUCUCUCAAUGAAACUCGCUUGAGUUUACUAAGAGCAUUUCAAACACAGGUUCUCUUUGGCACUGUCUGUACAGAGAUUGAGGUAGUGUUGAAAUAUUAUACAUGGUAUUGUGUUGAUUUUUUUUUUAGUAACUUACAGGUUUAUUUCCUUAUUAAUGGCAGCAUCUGAGCUGUUGGCAUAUUGGAUGAGGAUCAGUAUGGCUUGCUGCUUUUAUUUUUAUUUUUGAAGAAGAAUAGCCUUUUUCUCUGCACUAUUUAGAUCCGAAUGAACCUUAUGAUGUGUAUAUUGAGAUGUAUUCAGUGUGAUUUUAAACCAAAUUGUCUUCCUGUAGUCACAAUAUAUACUGUAGCCUUUUAACAGCAAGUCUUGCUUUCCCAAACAGAAAGCCAUUCUGAAACCCUACAGUAUCACAGGUGAGAAAAGGUGGUUAUUUUUUCCCCAAGACAACAGCACUAGUAAUCCCACUUAAUAAGAGCUUAUUUAAUUGUAUGUCAGCCUCUUAACUGCUAAGCACUUUGUGGGUCUCAGCGUUUUUCAUAAAAGAACUUUUGUAUUUAAUACAAAGUUUGCUUUGAGACUUUUCAGCAUAUGAUCUUUUUCCAUAAACUUGUACAGUGCAAAAGACAUUUUGAAUACCAUGAUCAAUGAUGUCCCAUGCUUUGAGGAAAACCAAACACUUUCCGCCUCUCUUGCAAAAUCCAUUCCUCAUGCUGACCCUCCCCACAGUGGCUGCGUCAGCCCAGCCCCUUCCCUUCUCCAGGCCCAGAGAACUCUUCCGCAAACAAGAUGAGAGCCACUCGGGAAAAGAGCCAUAGUCAGCUGGGAGGGCCUACAUCUGGAUGGCUGUGGAAAAACUUGAGGGUUCAGGGUUCAAAGUCAGCCCAUCCCACCUGGCAAAAUCCUCCUGGAAAGAGGACCUUCUUUUCAAGAGCGCACCACCUGAAUGUUGUGAAGAAAUAUAUCUGAAUGUAUCCAGCAGAGGAAACUACAGACCCAAAGGGGUGACCAGCCCUCAGAUGUGCUAUUGGAUUCCAAUACAAACGCCAUCAAAGCCAGCCCACUGCUCUCCUAUGAGGAAGGAAAGACCUGCGCGUGUAAAACUUGGGCAGCCUUGGAACAUGGUGUUUUUUGGAGUUUCCUUUCUCAUGGUUUUCCGUCUCCCCCUUUCUUUGGUCAGUCAUAUGUCUGUGACCUCAUUCCAUGACAUCAGGAUAGCUGUGUUUGCACACCGUGCUCCAUGUCCAUUUGGAGCCAGGCAGGGUUCUCAGCGGAGCCUGCCUUGGGGAACAGGGAGCGAUGGAAGAAUGCCAACAUUCGUGUUGGUCUUCUCUUGUCAGGAAUGACGGAUGCUUGCACACACGCACCCCUCACUCUCACACUUGCACACACAUCCACACACACAGGAAAUGAUUGGUUUGUCAAAACUCACUGUAGUACAUAAAGCUUGCACUCUGCGUCCUAUAUCUAGCAGCAUGGGGUACGUUUGGCAGUUCACCCCAUUAGGGGGUAAAUAAUUUAUGACCAUUCAUCUGUUUUUAUGAAUUUUUUUAUCUAGACAAUAAUUGUAAAUAAAGAACUCACCAUCUCUGUUCAUUUAAUACUAUGCAAUGGUUAUGCUUUCAAUCACUGGCUCUCUGACUCCCACAGUGUGGUUCUGAAAUGUCUGUGGUUUAAAAAAGGCAAAAAACAACAUCAAACAGAACAUAGUAAAUAUAUCUGUAAUGUAUACUUUUUUCUAGUUUGGGACUGCACCAUCCACGUAGCUUCUUUUCUGCCCUGUGGACAAGGGCUCCGGGAGAAGGUAGCAGAUUCGGUUCUGAGAGCUAAGCUCACCAACUUGUCUCCCCCUCAACAGAUGAGGGAAGGGCAGGGAGCCCGUUCAGCGACUCCUGGCGCUGCAGAGUCACUCAUCUUUGGAGGUGAGCCGGGAAAGCUCUGAGGAGUCUCCUUCUUGCAACUCAGACAGAGCUUUCUUUAACUCAGGAGCAGCCUCUGUUGCUCCCACCAACUUCUCACCAUGGCCCCUUGUCCCCUUGUCCCAACCACAGCAUAGAGAUGACAGGAAGGAGGUGGUUCUGUUUCUGAGACUGGACCAAUUAAAAUGACUGCACUGGCUCAAGGACUCUGAGCCUGUCUUGACCUGGGUCUCCCAGUUAUUGGAAGCUACUCUUUUCACCAACCAUGUUGAAAUGCCACCUUUACCACACACUGACGUCUUAUAUAGACUUGGAUCUAUUUCUGGAACUUCUCUUCUCUUCCCUUACCUGGGUGUCUCAUCUGGCACCAGCCAUACAAUUUUAACUAUUGUCGCUUUCUAAUGUCUAAUUAUGUGGUGGGAUAAGUCCCUUCACUCUUCUUUUACAAAAUUUCCUUGUUACUCUCUCACAUCUAUUCCUCCACAGAAACUUUAAAUUGUGCCCAGUCCUCCACCCCCAUCCCAUUCCCAUCCCAAAUUUUGGGCCCUGUCAUUCCUUGUGCCAUCAUCUUCCCCCCACUCAUUGUAAUUACUGUCCACUCAGGGCUGUGAAAUAGACUGUGUCCUAUAAAGAGGGACAAAAAGGGCAUCCUGAUCUUGAGGGAAGCCUGCUGUUCCUCCCAUCAUUUCACCUGUCCCCUAAGCCCAGGAGUUGUCAUGAGAGGCCACCAGCCCCCACUCAAUCCCAGCUUGGGCACCAAAGUCACCCACCUUGGUUGUGUUGGGGUGGACCCGCCAUCUGUCUCUGGUCCAGAUGAGAAAGAGCAGUCUCUCCCAGGCUUGGAGCUGGGAAAGAAUGUAUGACCCAGUUGUCUGCACUUCUAAUUCUCAUCAUGGAGAAACCUUUAUUCCUGUCUCCCUCCCCUGAACCGGAUUUUUGUUGUUUUUGUUUCAUUUUGUUUCAGGGGGAUCACUUCUUGCUCUUUAAUUCAGAGUCUCCAGCACCUUUGGGAUGCAAGCAGUUCUUGCCUGGGCCUUCUCGGAACCCUCACUCCCCUAGCCCACUCUUGGGAUACCUACAGGAGGCUGCCAACCUGCUGCACUCUGACAAGCCUCCCACCCAAAUCUCUUUCCUGCUAUUGUGUCCAAAACCCCACCAUUAGAGGAUCUUGCAGGGAGGAGCAUUUCUUGAAGGCUUUUAGGCCUUGCAGAGCCAGGGCAGAAGUCAGACAACAGCAGGAAGUCCCCAAGCCUUUUCAAAGUUCCAAACCAAGCUCUCCUGAUUUUAAUGUGGAGAUCAUACCCACCCACGUGGGGGAGGAGGGUCCCCAGCCCCGGGCAGCAGCCAUCACCCCCUCCACUGAAAACGAUAUUGGAGGCUGCUUUGGGACUGCCCUUCUCAGCCCCUUAAGUCUGUUUUGUAAUGCCUGUGGUGCUCUCCCUCCCGGACCUUUCCUCUUGAGGGUCACCACACUUUGCUAACUCUUGUGUGCACAUAUUUUAUAAUAGAGUAGCGAGGGAAUGGUGCCGCCUCCAGCUUCCAUAAGCUGCCUGGGCUCUGGGGGGGCUCUGGGACAAUCGGGGCUGGGAAGUGACUGUGCUCUUAUUGUACAUUCUUUAUUUCUCUGUAUCUUUGGCUUGUGCUCUUUGUAAUUAAUGGGAUUUGUCUGCCUUUUCAACACUAUACUGAGCAAUAACAAUAAAUGCACACGUGGAAAUGCA